AUGGACAUAACACGACGAUCUGUCGCUCCAAACGAUAGGAAUCAUCCUGAGACUAUUUCAGCUCAGGGUUCGUCUCCAAGCACCGUCGACGUGUGGUCUAUCGCUUCCGCCUAUGGUCUCUCUAGCGAAACCAGUUACGACCCCGGGUUCGGCAAUCGAGAGAAUCCGCGAUCUCAACUCCACGAUCGUUCGACAUCAACUCCGGCAACUUAUUCAAAACACCAACGUAACGAAGUCUGGGGCUCAGACAAUGAUGGAUCAGAUGUUGCCUAUCCGCUCAUCGAUAUUCUGCGAGACCAUAAGACCCAUGCCGACAUAAAGCCGACUUCUACAACCUUCGAUAGAUGGUCGGACAGCGUAGAGGCGUUGAAAGGAGGCGUACCAGAGCCUUCAAUACGUAGAGCGCUAUGGACGCCUCCUUGGCUUCGGACGACCUCUUUACUCGGAUUUGCCUUUCUGUUCACUGCCCUCUGGAUUGCACUAGUGGUUCUAGUCCGAUACGACAUCGCAAACUCGGGUUUCAUGAUCACGGCAACAUCAAGCAGGUUUUCCUGGACCUACGGCCCUACCGCUAUUUUCGUGGCCAUCACGGGCCUCUGGAGGCAAGUCGACUACCAUAGCAAGAUGCAUCAGCCAUGGCAGCAAAUGGCCAGAGGCCCAAGCCCGGGACCCAAGAGUCUCCUGCUAGAUUACGUCUCUCCGAUCCUAUCGACGGGGCUGGUCAGGUCAUUCCGAAACGGACACUGGAUAGCAGCAGCCACGAUGACAGGUUCCGCUGUCCUCAAAUUAGCUACUCUGUUAUCCACGACGCUAAUGGUACCCGUAGCCAUCAAGAUGUCGGGGCCGCUUCCGAUACAAGUGAACUCAGCUUUUGACGGGUCGGCUUUCUGGCAAACCACAAAUUGGUCUUUGAAUAAUAGAACAGACAGAACCAUUCUCUCUGGAAAUGUCACAUACUCGAGCUAUUCGUUUAGUAACAUUUCUGCAGUCUCUGCAGUAAAGUAUUUGCAGGUGCUCCAAGGGCAAAUAUCAGAACCUGUUGGAACGCAAGAGGGAAUUGUCUUUCAAGACGCGUCCGUUACUGAAACACCAGGAAUCAGCGAUAUCGAGCAUGUCUCCGCCAACGUUGACUCUAUCGUUCCACACGUGAUCUGCGAAGAACCGGACAUCACCGUUUUCGAUAAGAUAGAUGGCAACAUCACCGAAUUCAGUGGGGCCUUGGAAGUACAGAUACCUUCUUGUGGAAACACAAGGAUUCUUCUUAGCACUUGUGCCGAUGGCAGCGAGAGUUGCCUUGGGACUUUAACGACGUACAAUAUUUAUAGGGCGUACUGCUCCGACAAGGGAAGAUCCGAUGGGUCUCAAGUCGAUCUUCGCCUACUCCUCAUAGCGAGUAACAUCACACAACGGACCAAGCCUGGAACCGAAUAUUACAGUUUCGACUACACAACAUCGAUGGCCAAUAUCACAGCAGUAUCCUGCAAAGUCGCAUAUACCAUGGGAAAGAGCAUUCUUACUAUGGGCACCAACAAGAACGAGACCCUGAUUCACCCUAAAGAGCCACUCGACGCCGAUAAACAACUCGACGAAUUGACCGACCAACAGCUGUCUGAGUUGCUGCACUCUGUUCUCGUCGCCGCCGACUCAACUAUGGAUGGACCACGCAGAGACAUUGGCAACUCCGCUCGAAAGUACACUUCGGGUAAUGAUACAGGAGGUUCUGCCGCCAUGUUUGAACUUAUGAGCCAUACAUCACAAGACCUUCCAGCUGGAUAUUACAAGUUCUUCGAAAUCGACACCAUGAUUGCAUCCGCAACCUCUGUCAUCACUCAGCUUGCUGUAAACUUUCUCAAAGAAUCCUUCAUGACCGAAUCCCAUGGGACAGCUUCUGCUGAAGGGACAUACACCCAAGAGAGACUUCGAUUCCGACCGCUCUCUCUGUGGAUCAUGGUGGUCAGCCUGAUGAUGCUAGGCCUACUCGCACUGGGUAUCAUCUUUCAAUUUACCCCUUCCGUCUCUCAGGAUCCUAGUUUGCUUGCUUCGAAUGCUGCAAUUCUCGCUCGAAGUCCGUCUAUCGAUACCAUCUUGGCCCCUCUUGGAGCAUGUAGAACUAGCCAGGUAUCAUACGAGCUAUCCGGACACAGAUUCUCUACAGACUUUGAUGGCUCGAAAUUCCGAAUACAAGCCCGCGAGAUACUUCUAGCUGACGAGAGUUUCAUACGAAAGCCGAAACAGAAACAGCGCAGCUGGAUUCCCAUGACAGCGCGGUUGUAUUUUGUGAUAGCUACCUUCACGCUGCCACUUGUCACUAUCAUCGCGCUCGAAGUCGCGUAUCGUCAAUCCAUCAAGAGCAAUGGGUUUACAGUUCAGGACAUGUUCUGGGCGCUUUACGGAACACAAUAUAGCUCAGCCCUCAUCGUGUUGGCCAUCGCCAGUAUUUUCAACAGCCUUGACUUCACUAUCACCACAUUUUCAAUCUUCAGUGUCAUGAGGGCUCGGGCUAUAAGUCAACAUACCCACUUCCUGGCACCCCCCUGUUUCUGGCACCCACAAAAACGCGAAAAUCCACCACAACCCAAUGCCCACCCCCAACCUCCUUUUAUCACAACAUUUUCAAUUCGCGUCCAAAUGGGCUCAUCUUUUGCACAUGUCUUCUUCUAUAUAUAA